GAGUAUCCUCGUAGUCCCUGUCCGGGAGGUCAGGAUCCUGGAGCUGUUGUUUUCAACAUUAAAAUUUACUGUUUUUUAGUCAUGUUGCUCUGAUCAACAAAAUGGAGCCAAUUAUAUGCUACAUCUGCAAUGACAAACGUCGAAUUGCAGACACCGACACGUCCGAGACAAGAAUUACUAAUAGCUCCAAUGCAGAAACGCUCAAAGAAAUUUUGAUUAGGGCUCUUUCCUUAGGAUACGUUGAAGAUAAUUCAGAUAAUUCAACCGAACGUGAUCAGGGGAAAUUUAGCAGUGGGAUAUGCAUAGUUUCUUUAAAUUCUCGAUACGAUGGAGGGCUUGAGGCUGUAAGUGAAAGGGUUUUAUGUGACAGUGUCAUCAUCUGUAGAAGAUGCGAAUCACUCUUGAGAGAUUUUGAAUAUCACGAAAGGACCUCUGCUAAAAUAGCUGAAGAAAUAAGAAAGUUUUUGACCAGACAGGGAGUAAAUGAAAAAGAAGAAAUAAACAUAGAGAAAAAUGGUGAAGGUGGACAUAGUGUUAUUCCAAAAGCUGCUUUUAGCACAUCGGUUAUAAAGCACCUGGAUGAGAGGCAGGGGAUACUGGCAGCUUUCAGAGCCUUAAGGAAAUCAGGUGUAACAGGGGCAAAGAAAAGGGGAAGAAAAAGAAAAAAUGAGCUUGUUUCUACCUCAGUAAUAAAUGAAAGUGGAGAGGAUGAAGUUGGUGAAGACAUAGAAAAGGCUUUUGCAAAGGAAAUAGCAAAUGAAAAAAAGAGAUUACAUAGUUUAGCAUCCUCUAGGUCUAGUAAGCGAAUUCAAAGAAGACGAGAAGAUGGUUUGGUUGUUAAAUGGGGAGAUGCUAUGUAUGAAACUGAAAAUAGUUCCUUGGAACCAAAUGUAGAUGCUGAUGAUAUUUUUGAUGAUGAUAGUGAGACGUGGUCAAAGCAAGAUUCACAACCACGGAAAAAAAGAGGGAGGAAGCCUAGUCAGCAUCAUUUGAUAAGGUUUACUAAACCUGCUGGUAAUAAUUUAACUCAUCAAUCACAGGAUCAGUCUGAUUUGAAAUAUCAGUGCCCAUUUUGCUACAGGUAUUAUAUUCCCUCUAAUUCUCGUAUACAUAACUGUACAUCUUACAAGAACCAGUUGAGGUGUCACCUUUGUAAUAUUUUCUUUACCUCAUAUGUAAGACUGGAAAAGCAUCUAGAAGUUAUACACUUGAAGCAGAAACAGGUAAAGUGCCAAGAAAAAAAUUGUCAGUUCAUGUGUAUUUCAGAGCCUGCAUUUGUAUUGCACAAGCAUUUUCAUUUCCUUGCAGCCUUUAAAGUUGAUGGGAAUGAAGAAGAAACAUACCUAGAAGAUAAUAUAACUGAGUUAGAUAGAGAGCACCAUAGGGUUACACAUGCACUAGAUCCAGGAGAUGGUGAAGUUACAAUAAUAGAUGAUAUUCAGGGUAUUCUCACAUCCCCUGAUAUUGCUGACCAAGUGUCAUUUUUACUUGACGAGAAAAGCUUCCUCACUGAUGGUCAGCCGAUUAACAUAACUACUGAUAAAGCAAGUACAAAAGCCGUAAAAGAUCAAAGGAACAUACUUUACAUUGAAAGUAGCAUGAGAGAGGAUGGGAAAACAGAGCAAGGGAAAGCAAAACUAUUUAAACAAGAAAUCAUCCCUAAUAAGUCAGACUCUGUAUAUAAAAUAGUGAGGAGAGAGAUUCAGUGUCCUUUUUGUGAUAUGAGGUUUGAGUCUCAGAAAACAUUCCAGGUUCACAUGAAGGAAAUUCACAUAAUGUUGUUUAAGGCAAAAAGUGAUCGCAGUAUUGGAAACAAGAUAGAAAAUGCUAAAGACACUGUAAUUAAUAAAGUAUGCAGAGUUAAUGUUAAUGUAAAAAAAAACUUCAACAUAACACCCGAGGACCUGACAUACACAGUAGAAAGACUCAAAGGAAAACUAAGCAAGCCUUAGAUUUAUAUGAUUUGUCAGAGACAGCCAGUGAUUGCAAAGCUUCAUACACAGUGGAAAGUGACUCAGAAUGUUUUUGGGACAUUCUUGAAAAUAUAGCAGAUAAUGAUACUGAGGUAAAAGAAAAAGGUGACUCGCCAAAUAAGAGCAGCACACUAAAUACAAAAAGAUUACACAAAUGCUUGGAAUGUUCUAAGGUAUUUUCUUCUAAUGCUCAUUUAAAAGAACAUGAGGUAAGCCAUUCUGACAGGCAACCAUACCGAUGCAUAGUCUGUGAUAAAGGUUUUAAGAGAAAGAAUGCUUUAAGCAAGCAUGUGCGCAUUUUUCACCCAGAUGGACCCGAUACUGUUUAUUGUUCCUGUGGCAGGGUGUAUGCUUCUCAAGAAUUGAUGGAAAAACAUAAAGAAUGUAGUGGAAGUCACAGAUUGUUAGUAUGUCCGGAGUGUGGAGCAUUAUACAAAACUGAAGCAAGUCUAAAAAGUCAUAUGAUACUUCAUAGAGACAUUGAAGGCAGUGGCUCUAAUAAGUCAUGGCCAUUUACAUGCCAAUCUUGUGGUGAAAAAUUCAGUAGUCAAGCAUCUUUGAACAACCACAUUGGGAAUUUUCACAGGACCAGUGAUUUUCAGUGCCAACAUUGUGACAAGGUUUGCAAAACUAAGCAGUUACUUACUCACCAUUGUUUAAGAAAGCACAAAAUUGGUAAUACAGAGUUUUCUUGUCCGGUGUGCAAUAAAGUGUUUAGUAUAUCAAAAGAUCUCCGUCGUCACCUUCAGUCUCAUAAUCCACAAGGAUUACAUAAAUGUUCUGCUUGCCAUGCAAAAUUCAAAACACAUUCCACUUUACAGUCUCACAUGAGAAUACACUCAAAAGGUAAACCUUAUGACUGUGUUUUAUGUCUUCUUCCUUUUGAUACAAUUGAAAACUUGAAAAGUCAUAUAUUUUCACAACACAAUAUUGAAGUAGAUGUGAAUGAAUUUUCACAGCACUGGAAUCGUAAGUGCCUUGUGUGUGGGCAGAUUUUUCUUCGUCGCUCUGGUCUUGCAUUACACAUGAAAUCGCAUUUAGAGUCCCAUACCACUGAACUUUUAUUUGUGGAAAACAGCAGUGAUGAUACAAGUGUUAGUAAUGAUAUAAAGAAUGAACUUAACAAAGCACCACACAAUAGUGUACAAUUUACGGCACUUACCGAAUCUAAGGAUGAGCAUAAAACAUCAACAGAAAUUAAUUGUUCAGUGAAAGUUCAAUGUAGAGAUAUAAAAGAGAGUGACAAAAAUGAAAGUGAGAUACAAGCAAGACUGAAAAGCCAAAACACAGAGGAAGAGAAAAGGAUGUCUCACUAUAUCACUAUAAUGGAAUAUCUUGAAGAUGAUAAGAGCAUGGAAACUAUGUGCAAUGAUGCAGAAACUAAAACCUCACUUAUGCAGGGUAAUGCAUGUGUAACUGAGCAUGUUAUUGAGCCAAGUGAAGAGAAUGCAUGCCAAGAAACUAGAAAUGAUUCUAAUGUUGAAUAUAAAAUUUCUAAUAUGCAUGAAAUUCCUGAUAUUGCAAAAGUGCCUGUCUCCAACAAAGAAGAGGAAACUAAAUAUAUUUGUGGAGAAUGUGCACGUGUGUUCACUGAUGUUGAUGAUCUCAAAAAUCAUUUACAAACAUGUUACCAACAAGACACUAAUGAUGAAUACGUAGUUGUAUUUGAAGUUGAUGGAAAUCCGUAAAAUAUUGUAUUUAUUACAUUUUUAAGCAUGUAAUAAAAUAUUGUACUAUUA